UCCCGCCCCAACUGAAGCUCAAGCUUCGCACCCCUCAGCUCCAUAUGUAGCAUCAUUGGCACCACCGAUUACUCCCCAUUUCUACCGCGGGAGGGACGACGACGCAGUUGCAUACAUCAGAUAAUUCGUCAUACUCGGUCGCGUGUACUUGACGAUUUUGCGAAGCACUGCAAUGCCAGUUCUGUGCAGCGUAGGAUCCAAGCUGAGAUCCCAGUCCUUAGCUUAUUUAACUGAAUGAUACCUUACUACUUCUCUGAUGUUCUCAGCUCUGUCCCGAUGGACUCGACGAGGUUUGACGUUUGACCCCUAUGCCGCUGCCUCUUCUUCCACUCUGAGACUUUUUUGACCACCCAUUGCAACUUCAACCUCAGCUCAACACCAAGCAAGCUCCAUCGUCUUUCCAGCAGUCAGCACCGCUCACUCCUCGCCUGCCAGCCGUUGAGCCUACCUAUCAGCUCGGGGGUACCGGCCUCCCAAGCGUCUGGUUUGCAUAGGGACCACAUUGUACUAGUAUUGGAUCGACACCGCUCAGCCCCGAGUCGUUCCUGGGAGUGUCGUUUCAAAUGGGUUCCCCGAAAGCAGCCGACCUGCACAUAGACCUGCCGCCCAAUCCCAAACCGAAGGUGCUGGCGAACCAGGAGCGGUUGGCCGAGUCUUGGGAAGAUGAAGUGGCCGACGACGACUCGUCACUCGACGACGGCCAGACGCCCACCGAGGGUCCAAGCGGCGAGGUUAAGCCCGUCAUGCCCAAGAACCCGGCGUUGAAACCACCUCCACCGACACCGAUUUCUCCGGAAACUGCUGGUCAGCAUAUCGACUGGAGUCCUGCCCAAGUGCUCGGGGGCGGUCGUCCCAAGCCAGUCUAUAGCCCGCCUACGCCGUCGACCCCAACCGAAUCCGACCGAGAACGAGAACGUCGGAGGCCAGAAAAGACCACGGCAACGGCCAGUCGGUUGAUUGCCGCCGGCUUGGGCAUUAAGCCUCCCAAAAAGACGGAGGAACAGAGACAAUAUGAUCGGGCGGUCAGAGAGCAGGAGAUUCGACGGAGAAACAAAGAAAAGGAAGAGCAGGCGCGUGCAAGGGAAGCUGAGGAAAAGGCCAAGGCGGCGAUCUGGGACAGUAAUCCAUGAGCGGGAGUACGAUGGUGGUGGAUACAGGCGGUCAACCCGGGCAGUCCCAUCGUUGAUACCUGUGCAUAUGUUGCAAUACCAGGAGAGUCCAUGUUGAUGGGCGAAGACUUUGUCAAUGGAUAUCCGUAGGUAGUAGAUAUGGGAUGGUCAAUGUAACAUCAGUCCGUUGUCUCUGCCAUUGACUGUAACCACGGACCGCACCUAGACCGUACCGACAACUCUUGCUGUUGCAUGCCCUUGAACAAGUCUCACUUAGCAGGCCGGAGCGACAUCGCGGGGAUCAGUCAAGAAGAGGACAAGAUGAAUGAUUGCAGAGAGCAGUAAACGAGGAAGAUGAAAAAUGUUGCGCAUGAUCAGUUAUUUCCC